GGGAGGAAGAGAGGGGGAGAGAGGGAGCUACGCGGAUGACACGCACACACUCUCCCUGCUUCUCACAUACGGAGGAGAGAAGGACAGAGAGGGAGACAAGAGUGGAGAGACGCGGAGCAGAGGGGAAAGCGCACGGAGAGAUCAGCGGAGAAAUGCCCGCUGGACGGAUGGAUUUUAUUCUCCCUGAGCUGUACGAGCCUUUGUAAGACAACAUGGGCUGCAUUGGAUCCCGGACGAUCACAGCAGACGCAGUGCCGGUACGGAAAGAUGGGGAUCAGCAUGGCCGUACCGAGUUUUCCUGGGAAGGAAUCAAUUUGUCUAUGGAGGAUACUACUUCUAUUCUGCCUCGACUCAAGAGGAAGUCCGCCAACGCCUACGGGAUUGGUGCCCUGGCUAAGUCCUCUCUGACAGGUGUGUCAGGUGUGACACGGUCAAUGAAGGACAAAGUGACCAAGCCCACUGCCAUGGCCCAGGGUCGGGUUGCCCACAUGAUUGAGUGGCAGAGCUGGGGCAAACCAUCGACGGGGACGAUCGGGGGCGCAGGGCGUGCCAACCUGCAGCGGGAAAAGGAGAGGAGGAUGGAAAACGAUGCUUACAGCGACCUCAGUGACGGCGAGAAGGAGGCUCGCUUUGCAGCAGGUAUUAUGCAGCAGUUUGCAAUCUCUGAGGCGACUCUGUUUGGCUGGAUGGAUGGUGACAGCAUGGGAGCUGGCUCGAACCAGGGCAGCGUCGCUCACCUGAGUGAGGUCAACCAGGAGAGUAUUACCAGCAGAGACCAGGUGCUCCAUCACUCCUCUGCAGAUGUCUGGCCUCACACCUACGUCUCACAGGGCCUGUACUGCCUGUCUUCCUCUGAUGCUUGGGACCCAAUCACCAGCCAGCCCUCGGGCGUGGUUUCACCUGCCGCGGGCUCCUACAUCAUGGCCGCCGGUGGUGGUAGUGCAGCAGGAGGUACCCCUGGAGAUGGGUAUGAGGGCACGGUUGGCAGUUACCUUCAGCAGCACCAUGCUCAACUUGCACUGCAGCAACAAAGUCAACUCCAGCAGCUACAACAGCUUCAUCACUACCAGCAGCAACAGUUUCUGCAGUACCAACAACAACAGUCUUUGGAGCACAGGAUACACAGUGGCUCCCCUUCCCUCCAAGCCACUCCGAACAGCACCAUCCACAGCCUCGGUCCUCCCACUCACCCCCGGCUAGCGGACCUGUGGGGGGCUGCGCAGGUGGAGGCCCAUCAGGUGGAGAUCGUUGGCCAGCUGAGUGCGCAGAUGCUCGACAUGGUUGGAGGGGUUGUAGAGACGGUCGGGGAGGAACCGGAGCCUGAAUCCGAAGGGAUGCUGGAGCAACAUGAAGAGGAAGAACUGACAAGGGUAGAGGAGAUAACGCUGACCUUAGAGCCAGAGCCAUGCUCUUUAACACCAUCCCCGCUGAGGGAGGAAGCCCCAACGACAAGAGGUUCAAGCCCAGGAACACCAGCGCAGCCUGCAGAACCCAUUCCAGAGAGGAUACCUUUCGAUGUCACCCCUUGCGUCGUCCAAUCGCUCGAAGAGAAAGACGAGGAGGCGGAGGAGGGCUCCAUUGUCGUCGUUUCAACAAACUGAGUCACACGGCCACAAAAAGACUAAGACUUCAAUAAUUAAUCAAGCUUCUACCCCACCCCUUCCUUCCUUCUCCCAAAUAUUUACCUUUCUAAACCCGAGUAAACGCUACUUCAGCUGGAAACGUUGGAUGUAAUGUAUACAAACUAGAUGCCAUCAACCCCCAGCCUCCCAGUUUAGCAUCAAAAAAGUGGACCUGAACAAGACUAUGAACAAGUAAUAUUAAAGGACGGGAGGGACAAGAAGUCUUACCCUGCUGGAACACAGAAACUGAAGAUAUAAUGAAUAACUAAUGUUUGGACCAACCCGACUGAUGAGCCAGGACUGGAAACCAAAUAGGGGAUAAAAGGAUGGAUGCAAAACUCCCCAAAACAGAGAGACAAAAGUGAGAGAUGAAUAAAAGGGCAAAUAAAUAAAAUAAAAUAAAAACAUCUGUGCAAUACAAUAAUUAUGGAUAGAAAAAUGGGUUGUUAAAUAAUUCAGAGUGUUUGGUUCCUGUUCCUUGGAGCAACAGAAGUCUCAGAGAGACUGUUGGAGAGCUGUUUGGUUUGCUAAUUGAUGCAUUUUGGUUGGACUGCAUUCCUGCUUAAUGCAGAGUGGAAACUCAAACCUCAGAGCAACCUGGGGCGUGCACUUUGAGUUAUUUGCAAACACACCAUCUGACCACAACCAAAAAAUGCAUGCUUUUUAACAGUGACCUAGCCCUAACAGUAUAACGCAGUAUACAAGUAAUAAUAUAACAAAUUGUUUUUUACAAUAAAAGGGAAAAAAACAAUAAACUGAUAUGUAUCUGUAUGAAUGUAAGACUGUAUGUAUGCGUGUAUGAAUGUAGCUGCUUUGUGUGUAAAAUAUAUAUUCUGGGAAACAAACUCAUAUCAGCGCUGGUUAUUUUAAGUAUGUUCUGCAUGAUGAAAAAAACAUUCAGGUUAGUAGUUCAGUGUAUUUUAGAUUCAUAUAAUAUUUCAGUAGGUUAUAUGGUAUCUAAGCUUCAGCUGUAAUUGCAGCUUCAUAUCAGACUAAGGAAAAACAUCAGGGAUUUGUUUGUAUCAAUGAAAUAUUUCUUAACAACCAACUACUUUUACUAUAAAAUAAUCGCACUCUGAAAAGUGACAAAAUUUUAAUAGUGAUGCUAUUGCUGAAUAUUAUGAUGAUAUUAUGAAAUAUUGAUCAUUGGACUUGCUACUUUCAUUAUGACGUCCUCUCUAUUCCUUGUUGGCUACUAAAAGUACACACGUCAUAUUCACGUUGCAAGGAUAACUGCUAUAUAUGAUAAACUGUGCAACUCUAAAAUCUAUCAAACCUUAUAGUGGGCAGCUGUGAUACUGUAAACAAAAGGAUAAUUUAAAUGUGUACCAAUUGUCUCUGUAGAGAUAAUGCAAAAUCUACAUUUUUUGGUUUUGUCUGCUUUCCAAUUAAUUUCUGAGGAGUAAAAUGAAUAAUAAAGCAGAUCCUUAUUAGCGCCACAGAAAAAAUGUGAAACGGUUCCACUCAGCACAUUUGCCUCAUUCAUUAACCUAAAUAUUUUUCUUGCUUCGUAAAGGCAGUAAAGUCCUUGUCUGGUCGAUAAUUUUGAAUGCUUUAGCUUUGCAAAAUCCAUAUAGAUUCAUGCUAAAUUAUCUACUUAAAAAUGGUUUCUGAAUUUCUUUACAUGUGACAGAAUUUACUUUAAAACUAUGGAUCCAUGAACGUUAACAUAAAGUGAAGAAAAAGCCAGAGCAACAUGUUGCUUUCAUUUCAUUCUUACUCUCCAGCGAUCAACACCCUGAAGCCCCUAAUUGCUCUCAUACUCAUCCGCCCUCUUCUUGUCCUCAUGUUGCUCCGAGAUCUUAUCCUGUGAGCUGCUCUAAAGCUCAACUACAGAAGUGACACUUAGAUAAUGACAUGGAAAUAGGGAAUAUAAAAUGGUAAAAUUCACCAACUCAUUUCCAAUAAAGUGAAAGAUAAAAAGACUUUUAAUAAGGAGAGAUCUGUUAUGUGGCACUUAUUGUGGCUCAGUCAUAAAUUGAAGAGCCUGGACAACCUUUAGAAGUGUCCACAGAAAGUAAGAUAUAUUUAAAAAUGUCAUUAAAAAAGCCCACUUAAUGUACAUGGGAGGAAAUGCAUUAAUUCACAUUGUUCAUUUAUGAUUUUACUUUAGACUUUGUGGGAUUACUGUGAUGCAGUACCUUAUCUAACAUUUAUUUUUGUUUCUCUGCAACAAACAUUUUGAACUUGAACAUUCACCUGCAGAUUGCUACAAAGCAAAUGGUAUUUAUGAAGGAUACUAAAAAGGCGCCUUAUUUUCAACAUGCAUUCUUCAACACUACUUCGUAUUUAUUUUUGCUUGAUUAAAACAGUGAAGUUACACAACUUCAACCGUUAAAAAUGUGUUAGUUCUUUACACUGGAGUCAUGGAUAUCAUAGCAUUGACAGUUUUCUGUAUGAAACAAAUAUGUGGAAAAGGUUUUAUAAGGUAGAAAGUGGUUACAGAGUUACAAUAUAUGCUCAGGUACCAUAUUAAAAAUUAAAUGCAUUUGUGAUGGUAGUUUCUAAAAUAACAUUUGUGUUCGCUUUUAAAUUUUUGAGACUGGCGUUGUUUGAGGGCAUCAAAAACCUGACUUGACCCCACUUUGAUUAGCUGUUAGCUUUAGCGUACGGGAGCUAAAUAAUCUCAAAUCAUACAUACAAAAUUAAGAUGCUAAAUCAGUUAUUACCCGUUUCUGGCUUUAAAACCAUACAUCACUUUAAUAGCACUCAUUUUCUGUUGUAAGCAGUAACUCAAGGUGGCAAGAACAAGAAAAAAAUGUUUUAGUCAUGCAGGCAGUUAACAUUCAGUGAAGGCAAAAUAAAUUCCAAAUCUACAUUCAAAUAAAGCUUUAUUAAUCUACUAUUUUGCAGUUAUAUGAACAUCUGGAAAACAUUUGAAUCUACAGAAACACCAAAAAAUAAAUAAGUUAAUAAAUAAAUAUUAUUACCCCAGAUAAACAGAUGAUACAAGACUUAUACAGACUGAACACCUGUUUAAGAUACAGAUACAUUUUUUAUUUGAACAUAAAAGUUGCUUAAAAAAAAAAAGAUAAAUUUAAAGACUUUUAGAACAGCACCUGAGGACUAACUUUGGGUUAAGAGAACUUAAUAGUGCAAGCGUAUAAGAUGAAAUCUGGAAAUGGUGCAUCAUAAGGACAGAUGCAUUUCAGUAAAAAUUGCAUUAGUAAGCAGACAAUAAAAUUCAGAACCUUGCUGGUAGCUGGAGUGUGGUUUGAUGUGUAAGUUAUUCUUUUCGCAUACCUUUUAUGACUAUCUGUGAAUGAAAUGACUUUGUUAUAUGAAGGAGUCCUCUAAGGUGCUAACUUUAGUUAGAACAUGCACCCAGCUUUCAAUGUGCAGAUAAACAGACUUUCAGUAACAGAAAACUGUAGAUUUCAAACACAGAUCAGCAUUUGAGAGGAAACAUAAAACCUUCUAUUCCUGAUGCAAGACACAUUUCUGUGCGACCCUUAACUUCCAGCCUCUGAAUUAAUUCAUCCUGACUGUUCAUCCUUUAAAUAUUGAAAUUAAAUUAAAUUUAAAUACUAAUUUAGAAGAUUCCCAUCUGGAAUCGUCAACAUUUUCAGAUGUCUGAAUCUCUAUCAUGUGUAGAAGUUAUACAACAAGUUAUACAACAAACUGUCAGCUGUCAUUUACUGUCAUAGAUACUAACCAUCACUUUGCUGAAGAUGCCAUAGAUGGGUAUUUGUUCUGUCCGAUUUGAUUCUCAUAAAUAUUCUCCUGUAAAUUAUUCAAAGAAGCUGCGAGUCAUUCUGGGACGUGGCUUUGUAAAAAAAAAAAAAAAAAA